AUGGGACCUUUGAAAAGAGUAGAUGUUCUUGAAGACGACAUGUGUGCACCACAAACUAUUGAUGUUGUGAGAAGGGCUUGUAUUGCUGGCUUCAACAUGAAGGGUUUUGAUUGUGAUAUAUUAGAGACUGAGCGAGGACCGUCUAUCGAAACUCUAAACGAGAUCAAGAAUUUUAAUGGCACAAUUUUUGUACGAUUCAUCCACAAACAAUAUAGUGUCGAUGACGUUUUAGGUGGCUCAGACGAAGAAGAUGAGAAAUCAAUGCCACUAAAGUGCAAACUUCCACCAACAAAACGUUGUAAGUCUAGCCAUACCAAACAGCAAAGCUCUGAACCAACGAAAUUCAGUGUUGCAAAACCACAGAAAUCCUUUCCUCCUUCUUUGUCAGUGGCAACAAUGUUAAAAAUGGGAAAGUUGAUCCAGCCUGCAAAGCGUGAUACAAUCCAAGUACAAAUUGAAGGAUUUGCGGUCAAGGACGGGUGGACCGUGGCAAAAACCGUGACACUGUCUGUGGAGAGUGAGAGUUUUGCUGAAGGGGGCUUCAGAAAGGCUUACAAGUGUGAAAGUAUUGAUGGAAAAUUGUCAGGCAAAUGGGUAUUGAAGAAGUAUAAAGAAAAUGCCCUGGAAGACAUGAAGUCUGUCAACCUAACAGAAGAAGAGCAUGCAAGAAAGCAGGUCCAGAUGCAUACACUGGCCCAAAACAUUGCUAUUCAGAUGCAAAGAAAUGUUCCGGAAACUUUUAGUGAGACAUUUACUUACGACAGUAUGCUCUUUGGGAAAAUAGUGGAAGACAAUGGUGAUGUAUGCUUUGUUACAAUUGAGAGGUAUCUGGAGGGAAGCUUUACCAAGUAUAUUAACAAUAAUGGCAAGAUUUCUUCAAGUAGUGAUGAUGACAUUACCAAGAAAGCAGAAACAUUGAUGCAUUACUCCUAUCAAGUGAGCCAAGGUGAAUGUUUACUUGUUGAUAUCCAAGGAACUGGUUAUCAACUGUAUGAUCCAGAAGUAGCAAGUAAAGCAUUAAUGAGUGAUGUUGGUGGAGCCGACCAGUUGAAUUUCUGCAUAG